CGCAUAGGCAGGGCUCACCUGCUCGGCGUCCGUUCUCCUUCCCAUUAGUAGAAACCCACGGCUGGCUCGAGGGAAGGAAGGUACGAUCAAAAGCGGAACCGCGGCUGGCUCGCCUGGCCAUGGUCACCAUGACGGCGACCAAGAAGCAGCCCUGCCGUGGCGCCGCCUCGCUCUCCCCUGCCUCCUCCUCCUCGGCGUCCUCCUGGCCCUGGGGCUCCCGCAUUGCGCCGUCCAUUGCGCGGACGCACGGGAGGAAGAAGAAGAAGAGUGGCCGGGGAGGGAGCGGGAGCGGCGACGCCGUGGUUGUCCCGGCGAGGAGGUCGUCCGUCUACAAGGGCGUGACCAGGCACAGCAUCUCAGGGAGGUACGAGGCGCACCUGUGGGACAGGCAUUGCCGGAGCACGGCCCAGGGCAGGAGAGGCAAACAGGUUUAUCUGGGAUGUUACAAGACUGAGGAGGAAGCAGCUCGCACCCAUGAUCUCGCGGCGCUCAAGUGCUGGGGCUCAGACUGCGGCCUUCUCAACUUCCCAGUGGACACGUACAGGCAGGAGCGCGAGAGGAUGCAGCGGAUGACACGGGAGGAGUACCUGGCGAGGCUGAGGCGCAACAGCAGUGGCUUCACAAGAGGCGUCUCCAAGUACAGGGGAGUUACAAGGCAUCACGCGAACGGCCGGUGGGAGGCGAGGAUCGGUUACGCUGCCGGCACGCAGUACUCCUACUUGGGAAUUUUCGAAACCCAGGAGGAGGCGGCCAGGGCCUACGACCUCGCCGCGAUACGAAUCCGCGGCCCCGGCGCCGUCACCAACUUCGACGCCGACUGCUACGUGGACAUCCCGCAGCCGCUCCCCUGCAAGGCCGAGCCGGACCCGGAGCCGGCCGCGGCUCGUCCAGGCCCGCCGGCGCCACUGCCGCCCAAGGUCGAGCCCAAGGAGGAGCCGGAGAACGACUUCGAGUUCGAGCGCGAGCCGCCGCCCGCCCCGGCGCUCCGCGAGGACGCCGACCGCGUGGACCGCGCCAUCGCCGAGGUCCUGCAGGCGCUCUGCGUGGACCGCGCCGACUUCGAGGCCAGGUACCCGCCCCGCCGCGCGCGCGUCGCCGCCGCGGGCGCAGGGUGGCCAACGCCGUCGGACUGGGACGAGUUGCCCGACCUGCCGGUGCCGGGCGACGCGGGCUUCUUCGAGGACGACAUCGAGAGCGUGCUCUUCGACGCGCCCGGCGACGCCGAACUGCCGCGCGCCGCCGUGAUCAGCUCGCUGGCGUCUGGCCGCUGGUGGUGACUCACGGACGUGGCCCAUGUUGGUGGUGCCGGUGCGUUGCACGCUCCAGCUGUGUAUUGUAAGUACGUACAUGCCCAUGGCUCAGGCUUGUGGUAGGCACUGGUCGUAGCUCGUAAGGUCAGGUAAGCUUCUUUUUGGGGGUUGUACAUAUCUCUGGCCAAGGAGCAUGCAAAGCGGUUGAUUUUGGCGACCAAAUUAGUGUUAAGUGGAAGUGACGCUCGUA